CGGUGAUAAUCGCCGCGUUUCGUUAUUAUUCAUGCUGCUUCCCAUGUGGACGUUGCUUGGUUAACACAAUUUGUUGACUCUGAGGUGAAUUCGGCAAAGUUUGAGUUUAUUUCAAGAUGACAACGAAAACUACGUUUCGUGCACCUUCUGGUAUUUGUACAGACUGCGGUUCGAUUCUUCCGCUUGUGCAAAGAACCGGUAAUAUUUGUUGUUACACUUGUAAAAAAGAAUAUCCAGUGGAUGUGUUUGGUGAUCAGGCUAUACAGUAUACAAUCAAUUUUAACUCAUUGGAGACCUGUAAAAAGCAGCAAGACAGUGAAAACCAGCAAAAGAAUAAAAAGGGUGAUGAAGAUGAAGAAGAAGGACCUGUUGUUGAGCGCAAAUGCCCGAAAUGCGAUAAUAACCGCAUGUCUUAUGCUACUCUACAGUUGAGAUCUGCUGAUGAAGGCCAAACAGUCUUCUAUACAUGCACAAAGUGUAAAUUUAAAGAAACUGAGAAUUCGUAGUGUUUGUCAAGUGGCUGUAACUUGUUAUUUUUACAUUAAAUGGUUUGUAUCAAGA